AUGUAUCAUUCAGCUUGUUAUAGAUCUUCUGGUGGCAGCGAACAUGGUAAAGCUUACUACAUAUACCAGAAGCAUUUCCUGAAAAUUAAACUCAUACAGGAAAGAAGUUUUGGAAAUCCUGGGUGGAUAGAGAGUUAUUUAGUGAGUCUUCUUCAGGUUGGAGGUUUAGAGAUAAUAAAUGUAUCUAAAAGGGAAGCAAGCAUAAGGGGUUACGUCCUACCCCCUUUGAGUAUGCUGAAAAGAUUCGUGUCGAAAACGGCGUUCGGGAACUCUAAUCGUGAUUCUAAUCGAACUGACAGAUGGCAGAUGUACAGAGCGAGCUUCAAGGACAGUAUGAUAUCACUGUUGGAAAAAGACUUAAGUAAAGAAAAGACAUCACACCUAAGUAUUGACAACGAAGAAGCUGUAAUUGCAGUUUGCAAUAUUUCCGAAAGUUUCACGUACGAAGAUGUACAUCCUGAAAUUACUAUGGAUGUCAUGAUUCUGAAAUUAUUCGACUCUUUAACACCACUUGAUCAACUUCUUUUAAAAUGUGCUUCUGUGAUUGGGGAAACAGUAAAUAGACACAUGCUAGAAAGUCUGAUGACUAUAACUUCGAAACGAGACGUUGGACUUGCUGUGUCAAAACUUUUCGAAAUCAGAGUUUUUGGCUGUGCAAUUGGAGACUUCUCUAGAAACGGAGGUCCCAUAAUUUUCAUAAAAAACAUGAGAAAUCCUAGUUCAGAAAUGGACGUUUUCUGUGCCUGCGUUGGUCUCACCGUUCAAAGUGAUUUGGAAGAUUUACCAAGAUACGCCUCUUGCGGCUUGAUGAGGUUCAAGAUGUCGAUGUUUCGCGAUACUACUUAUCGAUUGCUGACUGAAAAUCAAAAAAUGGAGCUGCACAAUCAGGCUUUAAAGUAUCUUCAACAUCACACGAGACGAUGUAUGUCAUGUGGAGAAGGUCAAUUCGCGAAAUUACUAGGGAAAGUGUCGAAAAAGGAGGACAGAAGGAAGAAAUCGAAGAACAUAGAUGAAAUGUUCGAGUUCGUUAACAUGGAAUAUGAAGAUAAUACCGUUGAAGAGGAGGCAGAAAGGAACAAGAUACUAGUUUCUUGCAUGAAACUAUUUCGAAACGUCGAAAGGAAGCCAACAGUGACAUUUUCCGACACGGAUUUCUCCGACUGCCAGUGUGAACUAAUAUUAAUGACAGUGUACACUCAAAUUCUCGAGCAUUGUCGUGGUAUUGGAAAGACUGAAAUGACACUGACCGCCAUUCUGGAAUUCGCAGAAAUUUGCCUGAUGACGUACAACAUUCCACAAGCUCGAAAACUCUUAGCAGAAAGCGAAACUAUCCUUGAAGAGCUAUUCAAAGAAAACGAAGACGAAGUGGUCCUUCUACCUUAUCUCACCGCGAAAAUCCAGACUCUUCAGGGUCAAUGUUUCCUCGAAAGUGGCUCCCUAUUCGAGGCUGAGCAAAUCCUCGGAAUGGCAAUGGAUAAUUUAGGAUACAAAUUCCCGAAGAUGGAGAUAACGAUCGGCUUAAAUUCGCUUAUACAACUGGUGGAUCUAAAGUUAAAGCUGAUUUGCCUGAAAGACUGGAAGCUUAAUACCAAUUACGUAGAAGACAACAUGGAUUACAUCGCACAAUUGGCCGAAUGUUUGAUACAAAUGUUCACGCUUUUCAGGAUUAAAGGAAUGAAGAAGCAUGCACGUCUGGCGGCAAUUUGGGGCUUGAAUACAGCUUUAGAGUCUAAUAAAAAUUUAUUCGUUCUCUGCACCUCUUAUACCAACAUGCUAAUCACCGCGCACAUGUAUCAAGACAGGCGUAUAAUUCCAUAUUUGGAGCAGAAAGGUAUCAACAUUUGCAGCGACAGCAAAGAAGUACUAGAAUCACGAGAAUUAAACGUGAUCGCCGAGCUUUACACAGGAAUAUUCUUUUCUCGCUGGGUGAGAGGACAGAUCACGAGAGCUACCAAAAUUGGCUUCGUCUCUUAUCGAAUGGCCAGCACGAUCGGAUCGACAUUCUUGAAACUGCUGAUCCUACCUCGAUUAAUUCAUUUAUUGAUGAUCUCUUGCAGACAUUCUGAAGUGGUAACAGAGUUAAGGGAACUAGAAUUUAUGUCUCUUUACGAUUUGGACAAAUCUGGACGUACCUGGUACUAUGCACUUUGCGUUGACGUUCAAUUGGAUACUGGAUUAAUGAUUCUCUCCUUUCAAGAGUGUGAGCAAUACUUUCUUCGAGAAGGAGAACAGAUGAUCAGUCAGCAAGAUCCAGAAGCGGAAAGGCGAUACUUCGUUUCCAUGUGGUUGUGGUGUAUCAGAACUAAUCAAUGGGAAGCUGCGAAAGUUUGGAAAGGAAGAAACGUGGAAAGCGCCCCUUUCAUGGAUGAGCAUAUAGUAGCAGCGACUAUUACUUCCUUGAAGAAAUUGGAAGGUCUACUCAUUCUUUAUGUGCACAAAAUAAAUAGUAGAAAUGCAAACGCAUCUAUCAUUAUAGUGGAGGCGAAAAAUAUAUUCAAGGAUGUGAAGAGAAUGAGCAAGAUCGUUCGAAUAGUAAUUCCCAGAUAUAUAUUGCUGAAAGCGUAUUACUGGAUGAUAAGAUCUCGGAAAAGCAGGGCAAUGAAACGGUUAAAGAAAUUAAAGAAAAUGUGCUUGAAAAUGGAGAACAAACUGAUUUACACGUGGGCAUUGCAUUGCGAAAAGGCUUGGUCAGGUGGGAUCUCUCCUGUUCAAUUAGAUAUGUGGCAAAAUAUGUCGAACACCAACAUGUCGAAUAAAUGGAACGAAAUCAAUGUAAAUAACUCGAAGAUGGUAGUCUAUACUUUUCCCUUACCGGAGUACCUUCACUGA